AUGAGAAGCUUAGUGCUCGCGUUCGUGGGGCUUGUCGGAGUGCUGGAGGCGCAAAGAUGUAACAUUUUCAGUCCAGGACACUGGGUUUCUCAGCAAGCCGUCGGGAUGACCGAUUUCGCCUCGGGUGGAGUUGCCACUAAUCCCAAAUAUUUCUGUUUUGACGGCUGCUUGGCGACAAGUGCUAUGGUGAGCGAUAUGCGAAUUCUUCUCGGAAACACGACCGUUCCAAAGAAGGUAAAAGCUCGACGAUCACCUGCACAACUUCAAGCUCUUCGCAAAAAAGCUGCACUUGACGGUGAUGAUCCAAAUGCUUUCGGUUGUGUGGAUGAUGGUCUUCGUGCAAACAUUGCCAAUGCGCUCACAAAGGUUACCGCCUAUAAUGCAAAGGGAAUUCUCCAAGCUCUCCAAUACAAUCUGAAUUUGCCCGGUUGGGCAAUGAUCGUCGCCGAUUUCCAAUUCGAAGCCAGUGAGAUUUUCCAGGACAUCAACUACUGUGACUACGACGCUUUAGUUGGCGCCAGUUACUACUCAAUCUGUAUGGCCAAACUUGACAUGUCA